CUUUGGCCACUGCGGGCGGCCAUGCAGAUCUCGGGGACCCUACUGACACUGACACUCAUGUACUCAUUCCUGUUCAAGGUAUGCCUUGUCCAACUCGGACGGGUUGUAUACUACAAGCAUCGGUUCUUCUCGGCGCAGGUCGGCUUUCUCGUGCUGUGCCUGCUAUGGAUGGCAGUACGUGUGGUGUUCUUUGUCUCGGUCCAGCUCUCGUACUCGCCCAGCUUCCUCCUGAUUGCAGUCUACGAGCUCCCGGUCAACAUCGAGUUCGGGGUCUUCUCGCUCCUUGUGCUCUUUACCUCGUCGAUGGUGCUCCGCCACACCCGGCGGGCCGACUGGGACGCGUAUCUGGGCCGGUGGGCUAACGGAGCGUUUCUCGGCGUCAACGGCGUGCUCUUCUGUCUCUACUGCCUGUACGUGUACUGGGUGCUUGUGCAGGACGCCAAGGAGGCGUCGUCGUCAGCCUCGCAGCUGCGUUCGAUCUUCACCGCCUCGGUCUUCUGCUUGCUGGAGAUCUUGCUAGCGGUGGCGUACUUUCACCUCUACACCCUGGUAACGGCAAACCCCGGGAUCCGGCUCCCGUUCUCGACCUUUGGUGACUCGCAGCAGUCGGUGCUUGCGCUCCUCGCGGCUUUGCUUGUGCUUUUCCUCUCGCGAUGUGCGUACGACAUUGCGGCAGCAUGCGACGCUGUCACCAUCUCGAUCGCCAUCGAUUCACCGACUUCCAAGUCUCUCAUUGUGUUCUUCUCGUUUUUCUCGUGGGAGAUUGUGCCGCCGUCGCUGGUCAUUGCGCUGGUGGGCCACGUCCCGUCGUCGUCGCACUCGUCAGCGUCGGCGACCGCCGUGCUCAAGGGCCGCGGCGGCGGCUUUGCCUCGACGCACUCGGGCCCGCUGUACGGCUCGAUGGCGUCGCUGAAUCGGACCGGUGAGCCGGCUACCACCUACUGGGCCCCACCGCACAUGUACGGCUCGGACGACGACGAGCAUGAUUCACGGGCUCACCCGGCGUCGCCGGUUCCGGCCGCCGCCCUCGGCAUGCCGCGCCCGAUCGGCCCGACCGGCAGCGCGUCCGAGUCACUCGUCGCUUACCCGGACGCCCGCAAUGCGUCGGCAAGCUCGGGCACCCUCUUUACCCGCGGCUCGGCCGGCGUCUUCUCGAUGCCGUCGUAUCAGAACCGCUCUGGCGGCGCGCUCUACCAGUAGUCUGGCUCAUGUCGACCACUCGCCCGAGCCAAGC